UUGCGGUGGGGCCGUCGCGGGAGCGCGGUGUCAGAGCUCCUGAAAGGGAGACAAGCAAGAUGGGAAAAAUAGCAGGAAAAAAGGCUUUUUUUUAAAUAACAUGCCACCAGAACUUCUGCAUGGUAACAAAGAUCAUCUAAAGCAGCUGGGUAUUUGCAGAAGGCGACUUCGACAGCACACAGAUACUUAAUCUCUAAAUCAAGUUCAACGAUGCAUUAGAGGAAGCUGGACUGGCUGUACAGAGAUUUCAUACUGAAGGAUGAAUAGUGAAGAAGAGUUUUAUGAUGCCGUUACGGGCUUUGAUUCUGACAAUUCUUCAGGAGACUUUUCAGAAGCAAAUCAUAAAGUUGCAGAAAUGCUUGAUCUAGAUCCACAUCAAAGCAAUAGGACUGGAAAGCAUAAUGGAGAGUCAGAGAUUCAAGAAAAUGGAAUUAAGAGACACAGGACAUCAUUACCUGCUCCAAUGUUUUCUAGAAGUGAUUUUAGUGUGUGGAGCAUAUUAAAAAAAUGCAUUGGACUGGAGCUGUCUAAGAUUACAAUGCCUAUUGUCUUCAACGAGCCACUGAGUUUUCUUCAACGGAUAACAGAAUAUAUGGAACAUAUAUACCUCAUUAAUAAGGCUUGUAGUCAUGCAGACCCCCUGGAAAGAAUGCAAGCUGUAGCUGCUUUUGCAGUUUCUGCUGUAGCUUCUCAGUGGGAGAGAACUGGCAAACCAUUUAACCCACUGUUAGGAGAAACCUAUGAAUUAACCAGGGAGGAUUUAGGAUUUAGGUUUAUAUCUGAGCAAGUCAGCCACCACCCACCUAUUAGUGCAUUUUAUUCUGAAGGCCUCAAUAAGGACUUUAUUUUUCAUGGAUCAAUCUAUCCCAAACUAAAAUUCUGGGGAAAGAGUAUAGAAGCAGAGCCUCGAGGAACAAUUACUUUGGAGCUUCUGAAACAUAAUGAAGCUUACACAUGGACAAAUCCAACCUGUUGUGUACAUAAUGUAAUUAUUGGUAAACUGUGGUUAGAACAAUAUGGAACGGUAGAAAUUGUAAAUCACAGUACUGGAGAUAAAUGUGUCCUUAAUUUUAAACCGUGUGGACUGUUUGGGAAAGAGCUUCACAGAGUGGAGGGAUACAUUCAGGACAAAAACAGAAAGAAGCUGUGCGUGAUCUAUGGCAAGUGGACAGAAUGCUUAUGGUGCACUGAUCCCACUACGUAUGAGACUUACAAAAAGAAUGAGAAGAGGGGUGGUGAGCAGAAGAAAUUGAAGCCGAGUGAAGAUGUUAUUAAAUCUGAAAAUGAUGAGGCUGAUGACAUGCCAGAGGUUCAAGACACGGUGCAGUUCAUACCAGGCAGUAAAUUGCUUUGGAGAAUAAAUUGUAGGCCACCAAACUCAUCACAGAUGUACAAUUUCACCAGUUUUGCUGUGAGUCUCAAUGAGCUAGAAAAGGGCAUGGAAGCAAUAUUAGCUCCCACUGACUGUCGGCUACGUCCAGAUAUCAGAAAUAUGGAAAACGGAAACAUGGAUGUGGCUAGCAAAGAAAAAGAGAGACUAGAAGAGAAACAAAGAGCUGCUCGCAAGGAGCGCGCAAAAGAUGAAGUGGAGUGGCACACACGAUGGUUUCAUCAAGGCACUAACCCAUACACUGGGACUUCAGAUUGGCUGUACUCAGGUGGCUAUUUUGAUAGAAAUUUCUCAGACUGUCCAGACAUAUACUGAAAUUACGGAACCAAUUGCUCAUCUCAUCUGGACAUCUAGUUACUAGAUUUCAUUCCAAGCCAGUUACUCUGGUUAUGUUGAUAGCAAAAACCAGCUUUUCUAAGUAAAUUUUAACAAAAAUUCUAUCGGUCAACAAUCAAGGAUUUAAUUAUCACUAACGUUGGAUUGCCAAAUAUUUAAAUACUGUUGCAUUCUUUCCAUAAAGCUGCACCUGAAAUCAUCGUGUUUUCACUAAUUUUCAAAGGGACCUUUGGUUCUUCAUUUUUUUCCCCCUAGUUUCUUUGUCAGGAAGAUAUGCUGUAUCCGAUAGAGCACAUAACAUCCUUGAAAACUAUGUAACUUAAAUAAAAUAGAGAUAAUAUCCUUGUUACUUAGUACAAUAGUGAAGAAUCUGCAGUUUUUGGAACUCGGAGCAGGGAUGAAAAGCUAAUAUGGUACCACCAGGAUCAAAUCUAGUACUGUCGAUACUCCCCGUGAAGAGAUGCAUGUGAACUUCCAUACGGUAUGUAGCACUACGUGGGGACUGGAGCUCCUGGCCCCUCUCUCUCAGUACGAUUCAAUAAUGGAGAGACUCAGGGAAACAAAAACCAACCUGAGCUUCUCAAACUGUAGUUGUCUGUUAGAGUCUUCACAACUUCUGGACACUGUGAGCAUUAAACUGUAUACCUGUGAUAAAAUUACAUAAAGCAUACGUUAGGAGAAGGGAAGGGUGCAUUAAACAGUGUGCUUUUUCUAAAGUCAAAUGCUGUUCUUAAAAUAGGAGAAGCUUUGGAAGCAAUUGCAGGAAUGUAGAGGUGGUUACAAUGUAAAAUAUAUUGCUUGCUACCACUUGGAGGCUUAAAUCUUCUGCACUACCUUUGGCAGCUUUGGCACUAUGUAUGCUUCUAGACUAAACUUUUAUUUGGAAGCACUUUGGUAUGUAUAUCCACACAGGUUCAUAUUUUGGGGAAGUUUUGGUUUGCAUGUUUUUCAUUAUUAGGUCAUGUCUGUUUUGUAUGUUGUGAAAAAGCAGAAUCAAUUUAAAGCUUUGGCAGAGUUAUA